AUGCCGAGUGCUUAUCAGGUUGACGAGCCCGAACUGGCCUGGGGCCGGAUGAAGCCUCCUUUGGUCACUGCCGAGGGCACCGAACAGUGGAACAUGCUGUUGAGGGUAGCGCAGCCCCUCGCGUUGCUGCUGCUCUCUGAUCUCGGUGCAGUACAGUCUGUCACUCGCAGCUUUGCACGUAUCACGAUGGCCAUGACCAAUGUCUCCGUAGCCCACCGGCACAUCUCAGAUCGAAUGGCCCUGUACGAAAUGCACAGCUACCAAGAACUGAGCAGACUGGACCCGCUGCUCAACGGUCUUUUUGGGAGCAGCCAAGACUUGCGGCCUUCCUCUCGGCUGCUUGUCAAGGCACCACGCUUUCUGGAUCUCGUCUACACGUUGCUGGCCACGGACAGGGAAGCCCUGCACGAGUACAUAGUCAUCCUGGCACUGCUGCAUUUGGCUCCAUUCAUGGACGUGCCAGACGCGUCCAGUGCCUUCUUGUCGUCCCUGACGGGCGAGGACGUGACUUGGGGCACACCACCGUGGUGGCGUGUAUGCCUGCGCCUAGCAGAGCGCACGCUUCCCAACCUGAUGCAAGUGGCUUAUGAACAGGUCUUCAAAGGGAGCCCAAUCUUCGAUGAAGUCAUGGGAGACAUCAUGGUGGAUGAAGUGCGUAAUGGACUCGUCGAAUUUAUUGACAGCCUGAGUAUUCUGGAUGCCUGGUCCAAGAUUAUUGCAAAGAUAAAAGUUCGGGACACCAAAGUCUACACCUUCUACCCGAUUGUUCUGGCUGACCUCAAGAAUUUGAAUGCGUAUGUCAAAAAGCUGGAACGAAGUGUCACUUGGGAUGGGGACAUAAUGGAGUACUACAUACGGCUGCGAGGCUUCUUGGCUCAGAUGAUGGAGCGAGAUGAGAGUCUCGAUUUCUUCCUGCCGAGGGAAUCGCCGUAG